GGCGGACGUGCGCGGUGCAAAACUGCGGAGUUUCUUCUAGCUGCAACCUCUCUUAUCCCACCCCGAACCUGUGGCUCUCGGCGUCGGUCCCCAUGUCAUCCCCGGCGUGCCGUCCCGGCCUCCCGGCGCCUCGCCGGCAGGCGCCGCUCCUCCCCCGCCUAGCCGCUCCCCCGUCCGGCUCGAAGCGGGCUGUUCAUCGGACAAGACCUGCUCACUCCACCUUCGAGUUCUCCUCUCCUGGCCACCGCCGUCGUACUCGGGUCAUCUCUUCUUGCCACGGUGGUUUGGUAGAAAGAAGGAGACUACUAUUGAUUCCUGCAAUUAGUCUCACCAUUGGCUCCCUUCAGUACAGUCUGGAGAAGGGAGCAGCAAAAGCUGAAUUUACUGACAUGCCAGCGCUUCGUGGGAAGGAUUAUGGAAAGACAAAAAUGAGUUAUCCAGAUUACACUGAAACAGAAUCAGGCCUCCAAUACAAGGACUUGCGAGUUGGAGAGGGCCCAUCCCCAAAGAAGGGAGAGACAGUAGUGAUUGAUUGGGAUGGGUACACAAUUGGAUACUACGGUCGCAUUUUUGAAGCUCGAAACAAGACCAAGGGUGGUUCUUUCGAGGGUGGUGAUAAAGAAUUCUUCAAGUUUAAGGUUGGAUCAGGACAGGUAAUACCAGCCUUUGAGGAGGCUAUGACAGGCAUGCGUCCCGGUGGAGUUAGAAGGAUAAUAGUACCACCGGAUAUUGGAUACCCAGAUAAUGACUUGAACAAGUUAGGCCCCAAACCAACAACAUUUUCGGGACAAAGAGCUCUAGAUUUUGUUCUAAGGAAUCAAGGAUUAAUAGACAAAACUCUCCUGUUUGACAUUGAGCUUAUUAGGAUAAUUCCGAGUCAAUAGCAUACAAGUGUGGGGGCAGUUUAGAGAACUUGGGCAGACCGAAGGCCUUGAUGAAAUAUCAUUAGUGAAUGGUGACCAUAUUAAAUACAUGAAGUGAGAAGAUUUGUAAUGUUGUAAAAUCCCUUGAUUUAGACCAUGUUCUGAAUGUGUAUCCUGCCAAUUUGUGCCGGAUUUGUAGCUCAUGUAAAAUCCUCGUGAAAUUCAUUCAAUUGCAACGAUGGAAGGGGGGAUUUAUGGGAUAUCAAA